UGUUCGAGCCUGUCGUGACAUGGAUGGUUAGCUUCCUCAAUGCACAGCAGGAACACGCAUUGGCUCUCUCUUUCUAAUUACUGGCAACUUCGUUGGAGCUGACUCUUCCGCGUUCGUUGAAUCACACAAUUUUAGGGUUUUGUUUCGUCUCUCUCAUACGAUGCAUUCUAUGAGCUAGGGUUUUCUCUCUAUCUGAUGCAGCAUCAAUUUGGGGUUUUCAAUCUCCGGGUUCUAACCAAUCCGGUGUUGCCUCCAUGGCAGCUCCUAGCUGUUACACGCUCUCUAAUCGUUCGUCACUUCUCUCUCCUCCCAUUUCUGGAUUCAAGGAUCUGAAACUCUCUAAAACCUCAUUGCCAUUCAAUCGAACCUCACGCAUCGUCAAUUAUCUCUCUAGGUCUUCGAAGAAGACAUGGAGAAUUUCAUGCUUUAGGAAAGAAGAGUCUUCAGAAUUUCUCGACUCCAAUUAUGCAGAAGCAAAGUUGUCAGGAGAAUUGAACCCUGAAUUCGAUCAACAAAAUGUUGUCAAAGAAAACUGGGUUGUAAACCUUAGAAAGGCUACAGAUUCAGUUUUUAGUGCGGAACCUUGGACAGUUCCAUGGACAGCAAAGACCUUACUGCAGGUCAUGCUCCUCUGGAUAGCUUCAUUCUGGUUGGUAGGAUCUUGGAUAAUUCCAUUCCUGGCUCACUCAGCAGGUUUCAGAAAGGAAACCCUGACAUACAGAGGACAAGCCUUGUACAGCCUUUUGACAGACGUGGCUGAAGGUCUUGUUGGAAUUGCGAUCCUUCAUCGCUGCCUUGCGAAAUUUUAUCCCCUUCCUUCCGACUGGUUCAGGUUCAGCCUUGAAGGGAACUGGCAGUUUGAUGUUGGGUUGGGCUGUCUCAUGUUUCCCCUGGUCAAUCGGCUCUCACAGGUCAACUUAAAUUUGUUGCCCAUUCUUCCCUCCACGCCUGUCACAGUUUCAAGUGUUGAACAAUCAAUUGUCGCACGAGAUCCAGUGGCAAUGGCCCUUUAUGCCGUAGUAGUUUCAGUUUGUGCCCCUGUUUGGGAAGAAAUAGUCUUCCGUGGGUUUCUUCUCCCCUCCUUAACCAGGUACAUGCCUGUAUGGUGCGCAAUUCUUGUGAGUUCAGUAGCAUUUGCCUUGGCACAUUUCAAUGUGCAAAGGAUGCUGCCACUUGUAUUCCUUGGGGUGGUGAUGGGUGCUGUUUUUGCGCGAUCAAGGAACCUGUUAGCAUCCAUGCUCUUGCAUAGCCUCUGGAAUGCCUUUGUAUUCUUAGAUCUUAUGAAAUAACAUUCUUCUAGUGUAUUUUAUAUUCAUUAAUCAGGUCUAAGUUACCAUC